AGUUAUACCUAGCCCCUGUUUUUAUAUUCCCCCAAUCGUUUCAUUCUCAUCCAACGUCCACAAAUCUUCCAUAACCCCAAAUCUAAAUUCUAACCGUCCGAUCACAUAAUAAGAUAAACCCCCAUCACCCUUUCCUUUCAAGAUACACCCCAACAGUACCAAAACCACUCAUCACUCUCACCACCCCCCUAAAAUAAAAAAUAAAUUUAAUUUAAAAACAAACUUCAACGACUUCACCAAUUCUCAAAACUAUUUUUCAGUUUAGUUUCAGAUCUAGCACACCAGCUACCCAAACCAAGACAAAUUCACAUGUUCUUAUUCCACUCAUAACAACAACAAAAACAUCUUUCAAUUUUUUCAUUCAACAUUGGCAAUGGUGGAAGCACAAACAUGGACAACGAGAAGAAUGAGCAAUCCAAGAUUAUUAACACUAGACACAAAUGACCAAUUAUUAGACAUUCCAGCAACACCGCCAAGUGAUCAAAGAAACAACAUCAUUGGAUCCAACAACAGUAACCUAUUAACAACAUCACUCAUAAUCGCAUCAUGGUACUUCUCAAACAUCGGUGUUCUUCUUCUCAACAAAUACCUCCUAAGUUUCUAUGGUUAUCGCUACCCUAUCUUUCUCACAAUGCUCCACAUGCUAUCAUGCGCCGCUUACAGUUACGUCGCCAUUAACAUCCUCCAUAUCGUCCCGUUCCAACAAAUCCACUCCAAAAAACAGUUCCUCAAGAUCUUUGCUCUUAGUGUUAUUUUCUGCUUCUCCGUCGUUUGCGGUAACACCUCUCUUAGAUACCUCCCCGUUUCGUUUAACCAAGCAAUCGGCGCAACGACGCCGUUUUUCACCGCCAUUUUUGCCUUUCUAAUUACCUGCAAAAAAGAAACCGCAGAGGUUUACUUAGCUUUGUUGCCCGUUGUUUUAGGGAUUGUUGUUUCCAGUAAUAGCGAACCUUUAUUUCAUUUGUUUGGUUUUUUGGUUUGUGUCGGUUCAACCGCAGGACGUGCUUUGAAGAGCGUUGUUCAAGGGAUUAUUUUAACUUCCGAGGGAGAGAAACUUCAUUCUAUGAAUUUGCUUCUUUAUAUGGCUCCUUUGGCUGCUUUGAUUUUGCUUCCUUUCACUCUUUAUAUUGAAGGCAACGUGUUUGAUAUAACGACUGAGAAAGCAAAGAGUGAUCCUUUUAUACUUUUCUUGUUGAUUGGGAAUGCUACUGUUGCUUAUUUGGUUAAUUUGACUAAUUUUCUUGUUACUAAACAUACUAGUGCUUUGACUCUUCAAGUUUUGGGCAAUGCAAAAGCUGCUGUUGCAGCUGUUGUUUCUGUUUUGAUAUUCAGAAAUCCUGUUACUGUCAUGGGGAUGACUGGGUUUGGAAUUACAAUCAUGGGUGUUGUGCUUUACAGUGAAGCAAAGAAGAGAUCCAAAGUUACAUCUCAUUGAUGCUGAUGAUGGAUUCAGCUCCACAAUUUCGUAUAUGUUUCUCAAUUCUCAACAUUUUUUUUUUGGAUUUUCAUAAAGGCAUAAACAGGUAUUGCUUUCUUGCUUCCUCGUUUUAUAAUUGUUGGGCCAUUUUAAUUUUUGAUUAAAUUGUAUUUCUGUGGAAUUGGAUCUAUUACAGCAAUUGGACUGUAUAGGAAGAUGCAGAAAGGGAAAGGGUUACUUAGUUAUGUUUGUUUUUCUAUUGAAUGUUGUGUAACCUUAUAAAAUGGUCGCCACCCUUUGGCGAUAUACAUGAAGGAUUCAUAGGAAAGAAGUUACAUUUGUGUAUUGGGUGAGGGAGGAAAAUUCUCCUUCGCUUCAUUUUGUUAAUUAUAUAUAUAGUCUAUUGUUUCACUUGUGUCUUU